GGAGGGGAGGGGGGGCCGAGCGGAGGUGUAAUGACGCCCCCAAACAACAACAACAACAACACAAUAAAAGCCGGUGAGGAAGGAAGGCCGGAGCAGCGGGACCGGGCGGGGCGACAGAGCGCGCGCAGCGAUGAUCCAGACAGCGGCCAACCAUGAGGAACACCACCUGCCGCCUGUCCUGCCUCCUCACCCUCACCGCCUCCUGCUUCGUGGCCGAGCUGGUGUCGGGGAACGUGGGUCAGUCCCUCACAGUCCUCUCCGACGCCUUCACGAUGCUCUCCGACUCCAUGGCCCUGUUGGUCGGGCUGAUAGUAGCCAACGUGUCCAAACUGGAGAGGAGGAACAUCUCCACGUAUGGCUUCGCCAGGGCUGAGGUGGUGGGGGCGCUCGGCAACGCCGCCUUCCUCAUAGCCUUGCACUUCACCAUCCUGGUGGAGGCGAUCUCCAGGAUGUUCCGGCCGCUGAAGAUGCAACAUCCCAAACUCGUCCUGAUUAUGGGAAUGUUGGGGCUGACCGUCAAUGUCAUAGGUUUGGUGGUGUUGCUGGACUGCUCCUGUCUCUGGUUCAAAACAACACUCAAUAAGAUCAGAGCAGAUGUUGCGGGAGAUGACUUUGUAGUAUCCUCCAUAAAGCGUCCAGCUGAAGGGAGAUUAAACAUUCGAGGUAUUCUUCUACAUGUAACGGGAGAUGCAUUGGGUUCGAUCGUGGUGCUAAUAUCUGGUAUUAUAUUCUACAUGUUUCCACUUGACUUCACUGAAGAAUGUAACUGGAAGUGUUAUGUUGAUCCAAGCUUGACAAUCCUCAUGGUCAUCAUAGUUGUAUCUUCUGCUAUUGUACUGAUAAAAGAAGUAGCUAUAAUUCUACUCCAGGCAGUUCCCAAGAACAUUGAUGUGGAGGAUUUGGAUGUAAAGCUGGGUAAAGUUCGAGGAUUGAAAGGUUUUCAUGAGCUCCAUGUAUGGGAAUUAGCAGACGGCAAGAACAUUGCUUCAAUUCAUAUCAAAUGUGUGAAUUCUUCCACUUGUGAGUCAACAAAGUUAGAGAUACGCAAGAUUUUCCAUAAUUUAGACGUUCACUCUGUUACCAUUCAGACAGAAUUUAUUGAGGAGAAGAUUAGCACAACCUUGAAAUGCAACUACCCCUGCAUCUUACACGAAUGUGAAGAAAAGAUGUGUUGCAGCAGAACUGUAGGCUACGUUUGGAGACCAGACAGACGACCCUCAUGCAUUUCACGGAUGUCUUUUGGAUUGGAAUCUGGUUCAGGAAUUUUUUCUAGAUCCUCAACAGUAAAAUUAACAUCAAAUAGUGAAGAAAUUAGCAAUCAAAACUCAAGCACCUCACUUCCAUUACCUGUGGUACACUACAAGUCCUCAACAGUUUCAGAUGGACAAAUAGACAGGCUCCAGGUUAGUUGAGCUGAAAAUAUAACAAACACCCCUUCCCUUAACUGCAUCAUCAGGACGUGGA